CCAUAUUUCUGACAGAUUCCAUGUCCUGUUUCAUCGCAUCAAAGACACAUGCUCGUAUGUAGUUCGGGAAAACAACAUUGUAUUUUCAUCUGACGUUGCGGCCAGCAACGUGGUCAAUUCCUGGUCACACAAGAUAUUCAGGAGUGAAUUAAACAAAUGGCGUGGGAAACCCGCUGGAGAGUCAAUGACAGCAGAAAACCUGACUGUAGGACUUGUGGGUGCAGCGGUGAUAGACCUCGUUUUUCAGCCUGCCUUCCCUGAUAUUCUCAGCACAAGGUCCUUUACUACUAGCCUAUACAGGGAAUUUAUUCUACGAUGGGGCGGAGUGGAAUCGCUGCAAAGGGCAGAUUUCCAUAUGUUCGGUUCGCUCACGGAAAACCGAAAGAAAACGAUCAUUGAUGCAGGUGCAGCAGAAAUUGCAGAUCGCAUAGCCAAAGGACUACAGCAGUUCCGGGAACCCCAGCACCAACAUGCGGAAGGCUGGAAACUAAAAAAUGACGGAGCAACAAUAAUAUACAAAGACGUCAAAAGCUCAAGCUUUAUGGAUAUGCUCAGGCGGGCUCUUGAUCUCAAGGCCGAAAUGACUAAGAGUGCGUCAAGACUCAGGUUCAUGUACUUCAUGCCGGGUCAGCGUUUUGAGGGUAUAUACAUGAAGAGAUGCUCAGGCUCCGACGACAGUAUCUCAAGAAUCAAGGCUUGCCUGUUUCCUGCUUUAUUCUUGGCAACUGAAACAGUGAGCUCAAACGAGCAAGUUCUUCAGUACAACACUGAGUACAACACAUACUUUACCGAACUUCUAGUGGGAUAUAUUCCCUUUCCAUCUGCUUUGGUGGCCAAGGCAAUGGUACUCACCUGA